CUACCAAGACAGCGGGGUGGGGGGAGGCGGCCGGGCCUCAGGGUGGGAGCGCGCCCGCCCGCCUGUCGCUGCCCUCCUUCGGGGUGGGUGACCGGCGCCUUCUCGUCUCGUAGGCCCGCGGAGUUGGCGGCAGCGCCGGCAGGGCCCCAGCCAUGGCCGACGACCUGAAGAGGUUCCUGUACAAGAAGCUGCCGAGCGUUGAAGGUCUUCAUGCGAUUGUAGUCUCGGACAGAGACGGAGUGCCUGUUAUCAAAGUUGCCAAUGAUAAUGCUCCAGAACACGCACUGCGACCAGGCUUUCUGUCCACCUUUGCCCUUGCCACAGAUCAGGGCAGUAAACUGGGACUGUCUAAAAACAAAAGCAUCAUCUGCUAUUACAAUACGUACCAGGUGGUGCAGUUCAACCGUUUACCUUUGGUAGUAAGCUUCAUUGCUAGCAGCAAUGCCAAUACCGGGCUGAUUCUAAGUUUAGAGAAGGAACUUGCACCCCUGUUUGAAGAACUGAGGCAGGUUGUUGAAGUUUCUUAACCUGAUGGUAUAGCCGGAGUGCAGCAUCCCUCUGCAGCCCAGUGGACAGAUUCAAUAAUCCUCAGUCAAAUAACACGCCUCAGAAGAAAUACCACAGCUCCUUAGUAUACUAAGUAAGAGUAAAUUGUACAUAGUACUGAAUCUGAAAUGAUCUACUAGUGUGUUGUAGGUGGAUGUUACUUUAGGCCAUGCUUCUUGUAUCGUGCAGUACUGAAGAGACCACCAAAAUAGCUCCCAUGGAGUUUAGCUCUGCCAGAUCGGCAUGAUGCCACUGGCUCACAUGAGCAACCCACAGAUCCACAGAUCUCUUGCUUUACAGGAAACCAGGCAGGUAGUGGGGUGUGUCCUACUACGUGUUGGAAGGCAGAUUGGUUGUACAGUGUUACCAGAGUUGUGGUUGAAGGAGUUACUGUGAGAGCAAGUUUACUAGCUGUGAUGUGUCGGUACAAUCAAUAAAUAUCCCAGCUUUCUCACAGGGGUGAUAAUUUUGGCAAGAGAAUGCUACUAGUCUGGAUGCUAGCUGCAUCCUGCUUCCAUUGAGAAGAAAGCUAUUUCUGUGAAAGCUGUUGCCUCAGGGGUUUUCCUGAUGCCCAGAUAAAAGCACCUGAACAAUGUCUCAUUUUUCUUCACGGGGUUUUUGUGUAAUAUAGUUGUGAAGAUCUCUUGUCUCAUGGUCCUUGUGUGGGUUCAUCACUGGUGACUCUCGGCUCAUUUACCUGUAGGUUUUCCUAAAUAAAUACAUAUAAAUAAAUACAGUAUUUUUAAAUGACAGAA